AUCAGUAAUCAUGUAACCACGGAGCCAGCACACUCGCAUAAAACUACUAUUGAAACCGAUCAAAGGUCUGUACAAAUAAAGGGUGUAAAUAUGGCAGAUCAACCACUUCCUAGUGUUGAGCAGGAAAAACCAUCCCAAAUGUGUCAGCCACUUGUGAGGGAUUGCCUUAGGAAAGUCCAGGGUGGUUCAACAAGGAAUUGUACCAAGGUUCAUAAGCGGAGGAUUGCUCUCGGUAGGUCUGUGGACCUUACGAAGUUCAGUAACUAUGAAGAAUUGAUUGCUGAGCUGGAUCAAUUAUUCGAAUUUAUUGGUGAACUGAAGGCAAGGAACAAGAAUUGGUUGAUUGUAUUCACUGAUGAUGAGGGUGAUAUGAUGCUUGUUGGAGAUGAUCCAUGGCCGUAAGGACUCUUUCUGGGUUUUUUUUUUUCAUGUUCAUUAUGUAUUAGCCAUGAACUUUGUUGUCGGCUUUUGUUGUUUGUACUUGCAUCUUCCAUUUAUUUGAAUCAUC